UCAAGUCCCCUCAGGCACCAAGGGCAGGGGUUGGGAGAGCAUGGGAGGAAAAACCUCUUGAUCGUGGAGGUACUUGUGCAGCUAGCUUACUUCUGCUGAAAACAUUUUCUGCUUUAGUCCCCUAAAGGAAGCUCUGGGUAAGGUGUCACUAUUGCACUCCUUUGUUAGAGAGCACGCUUCCCAGGAAGAGUGGAAACAGCAGAGAGCAGCCAGCCUGGACAAGGAGUACAAUGCCUUGCCAUCCUGUGUGCACAAGGGAAGAGCAUCUAUCAGCAACUCAGUGGAUUGUGUUAACCAGGAGCAGCCUUGCAACACUGUGAUGGACAGAGAGGAAAUACAUACCCCAGGUUUACGGCUGUUCUGAUCAUUUGUGUGGUGAAGGAGUUGGAAAGAUUGGUGCAAAUAUCCAGAGCCAUGAGUAUGCUGUGAUAACAGGGGACACUUGGGAGCAUAGGAGUUGCUGUAUCGGAGCCGACCUUUAGACCUAAGCUGGCUCACCAAAUGCCACUGACUCAUGCCUCAACUUCACCUCUGAGUUGCCAUGGCCAAGUUAGAGACCGUGUCUGCUUUUAGUGACUCAAGCUACCAGAGCCAGGACACCUUCCACUCGUUUGCCUCCAGGUCCUCUGAAUCUUCCUCCCAAAACACUAUGGGAAGCGUGGGCAGCGGAGUCGCCAAUGAGCAAGAGUUUGCGAUGAAGAGCGUGGGAACCAGGACUCAGAGCAGCAGCAGGCAGGCUGAUGGCUCACGGAAUGGCUAUUCCACGCGGGAGAUCUCUAACCGUUAUUCUGGGGAGGAGAAGACCUACAAGUCAGAGAAGAUCUCCAACUCCCUCUACAUCAAUGGGGACCUGCGCAAGAGUGAGAAGAUGAAGACAGACAUUUGUGGGAACGUUACCACCAACAACGAGAAAAACCUGCCACCUCCUCCCCAAUAUAGAGAACCCAGUAACCCACCAAAGAUAUUGCCGGUCUCUGGCAAAUUGGACCAGAGCAAUGAGCCCUUAGUUAGACCUUCUGCCUUUAAACCAGUAGUUCCUAAAAACUUCCAUUCCAUGCAGAAUCUCUGCCCGCCGCAGAACAAUGGAAUAACCGAGAACAGAAAGAGCUUGAAUCACACCAACAGCAAUAGCCCAUCUGCAGGCAAAAGCGGACUGGAGAAGACCAGCCUUAAUAGGACUACAAACCAAGUGGGAGGUCUUUCUGAUUCUGGCCGUAACUCUUUGACGAGCUUGCCCACUUACGGGACAGGCUAUAGUCAGCACGUUGGCCCAAUGAGUGCUUCAACUAGUCACAUAAACCGCAUUGGCACAACGUAUGUAGAUAAGAACACAGUGGGAUACAAUGGAAUAUCUACCUCAGAUAGUGGACGGUCUUCAAGCAAGAGCACUUCUUCUUUCAAUAGACUCAACCAUCUGAACGAAACAAUGCCUUUCCACUCACCCUCGACAGAUGACGUUAUCCAGGACCUGGAGGACAGGCUGUGGGAGAAGGAGCAGGAGGUCCUGCAGAUGAGAAGAAACCUGGACAAAAGUGAGGCUGCCAUCUUCCAAGUGUUUGAGGAGAAGCAAAAAAUCUGGGAGCGUGAAAUGGAGGACCUCAGGCAAAAUUAUGCAAACAAACUGCAGCAGGUCUCCAAGAAGGCCCAGAGGGCUCAACAGGCCUUGCAGCUCCAGAUCUUCAAACUCCAGCAAGAGAAAAAAAAGCUCCAGGAUGAUGUGGGGCAACUUCUCCAACAGCGAGAAGAGCUGGAGAAAAAAUUUGUAGCUUUCAAGAAAGAACAGGCAGAGUUUCUUCCCAAGAUUGAAGAAACCAAGUGGGAGGUGUGCCAGAAGGCUGGUGAGAUCUCACUACUCAAGCAACAACUGAAGGAUUCCCAAGCUGACGUCUCUCAGAAACUGAACGAGAUAGUGGGGCUGCGGGCGCAGCUCAAAGAAGGUAAGAGCUUCCUGAGAGAGAAGGAGGAGCAGAUCACCACCCUGAAAGACUCCUACAGCUCCAAGACUGUCAACCUGGAGAUCUGCGAGAAUGAGCUGCAGAGAAAGAUGAAUGAGGUGCAGAUGCUAAGGGAAAAACUCAACCACUGUGAACUGGAGGUCUCUGGCCUGAAGCAGACGCUGGCCAGCAUGGGGCACCAUGGCCAUUUCAAUGCGGAGCUCACCGAGAAACUAAGGGACCCCUUGGCCUGUGAGAGCGAUGAGGCCAAGAUGAAGCGCCAGAACGAGGACAGUGUCAUUGCCCUGAAGAAGGAGAUGGAGCGGCUCCAGACGGAGCUGAAGCUGGAGCGCCAGCAGCGGGAGCAGCAGGUGAUGGACUUUGAGGAGGAGCGGCGCACGUGGCAGGAGGAGAAGGAGAAGGUGAUCAAAUACCAGAAGCAGCUACAGCUGAACUAUGUGGAGAUGUACCAGAAGAACCAGCUCCUGGAGCACAAGGUGAAUGAGUUGACCACCAAGGCCACCAGCCCGCCUUACACCGAGGAGAAAAAAACAUGGACUCCAUCCAGGCUAGAGCGCAUAGAGUCCACUGAGAUCUAACAAGAGACCAAGUCAAUAAAAGUAAUUUUUAUUACUGUGCAUGUACUACCUACUCCAGCCAGUGAUCUUCCUAAGGAUAAUGUGCUUUUUCACCAGAGGUGUGAAUGCACCGAACCCCUCAUCUUACUCUCUUCCUCAGUGCUCUGUAAGUAAACUAACCGUGGGUGUACAUUGUUAUACUAUUGAUGAUGCUACAUCAGUUUCUCCUGGUACAGCUAGGAAGGGCCCAGUGGCCCUUUUGGAAUCUAUCGUGACUGUUAUUUCUCUAUAUGCUGCCAUCCCUUCCACCAUCAUCAACUCCCCUGCCCUGUGCAUUUGUUCCCUCCCCCCAUUAGUUCAUGCAGCAAAACAGUGCAAAGUGACAGGGUUUUUCAGGGCUUUUUAGCCACAUUGGCUAACAGAGCAAAGCUCUUGGGAUCAGAAGAACCAUGCAGUUCAGCAUGUCAUGGUAUCCUAUCUCGAUGAUACUUAUCCGACAACCUAAUCCGAUGAAGUCAGUAGAAGGCUUGCCAUUGACUUCAGUGAAACCAGGCUUUGACCCUAUUCUGAUAAGUCUCUAUAGCAAAUGCAUUGCUAACAAUUGCCAAGGUCCAUGAUGUCACUAGGGGUUAGAAUAAGCCAGUUGAGGUACAAUGAGCCGACAUCAACCGCUGCCCAAAAUGAACCAAGAGUUGCGUUUGAGGUUCCGAAUACAUGCUGUGCUUUCGCUUUGCUAUUUACAUUCCCGUCCCCUUCCACUUCUUGGCAAUGACCAGGACUAGAAGCAGAAAUGGCAAAUUGUAGCAAACCCCACUAUUUUUCCUGUAUUUCUGGCCUGGCCAAGUUAAGGAAUCCCCAGUGAUUCAGGCAGCAAUUCCCAGUCCUCAGGAGAGAGCCCAGAGGAAAGAACUUUGACUAAGCUUCAGAGGAGCAUUCAAACUCCUUCCAUGUUUGUCCAAACCAGAAAUUAACGCGUGGGGGAUGCCAGGUGGCGACGCUAUCCCAUUCCCAAAGAAAGGUACCAGGGUUGCAUUUCCUCUUGCCAUUGUUCCCUGUCGAGGUGGCAUAGUUAUAAAAGGGCCUCAGGAAACCACCCACACAUUUGCAGACUCUGCUCUGCUAGUGAACAAGCAUCAACUCCUGCCACAUCUAUACAUGGUGCUAAGACCCUCGCAUAGAAAGUAAGUUAGGCCCCAGUUCAACAAAGGCCUCAGCUAGGCAUGUGCUUAAGAACCAUACUGAGUUGGGGCUGUAGGAAAAUCCUAGGGGCCAAGUUCUGCCUGCAGAUGCAGGUGCACAAUCGCCAAAUCUCACACCUGGACCCAAGGGCAGCAUUCAGCCAUAAAUGGGCCUGAUUCUCUCUCCUACUAAGGAUGUGUCACACCCUUCCGGAAGUGUAAAGGGGUCUUCAAGUGGGACUCAGUCGGAAGCAGUGGUGUGCGGGAGACUCAGUGUAACUCGGGAGGAGGCCCGGUGUCCUUUCCAGAGGUAGAGCUAGAAGGAACAAAGGGUGUAGAAUGAGCAGUGACACAAAGCCCUACACGGUGAUUUCAAUGAAAGUUCAGGCCCAAGCGUGUACUGAGCGAGAAAGGCAGGAUGAGAGGCUCAGCACUGUGAAAAGAGCAGCCGAGAAAAGCAUGGAAGCUGCUUAUUUUCCAUAUAUACCCUUAGCUGAGCUCUCACUACGAGCUGGUGGCUCACAAUUCCUCGAGGGGGGGCGGGGGGGUUGAACUUUGGUUGGGAUUUAGAACAUCUUGGGGAAAGCCCAGCAUUCAGCAAGCAGGGCUCACUGGAGAAUGGGGAAACUGACCAGUUCUCAGGGAGUUUGUCUGUUGUUUUCCCAGCUGACUUUGUCCUUUGAGCACGCGCCAGCAGGGACCAGCAUGGGCUACGGGUGGUGCUGGUGGAUGACAAUGGUCGCUGUUGCUGUACAAGUGAAGGCAUCUAGCGGGAUGACCUGUCACAGCCUGUCCUGGGAAACAGCAAUUGAUCUUGAGGGCUCCUCAGUUUUCCCCCUGCUGCUCUUGUGCUAAGGGAGGCAAAGAAAAUAUAUUGCAUCAGUCUGGCAAAAACUAAAGCAAAUACCUGGGAAACUAGCUGUCCCAGAGACGAACCCAAGUCAGCUGCCUCAGAAACGGCCUUUGAUUGAUGGCCAAAUGGCACUGUCCUGGUCUUGGGGUGGGCUAUGUAGGACAAGGAGUGGGCCUGGCUCUUGGAGAUGGGGUGCACAUACUGAAUGUACAGGGUGGGCCUGAUGUAAAGCCCAGUGGAAAGAAUCUCAUUGAUUUAACUGGCUUUGGAUGAGGUCCUAAAUCAGUUUCUGCUCCAUUGAAGUCAAUGGAAUGACUCCAGUAUAACAUCUUUGUGAGAGAGGAGUCAGGCUCUGACCGUGUUCCUUGUAGCCCAGUUAUGGGAGCAGAAGCACUUACAGUAGGAGGGAGAUUGACGUCAGUGGGAGCAAGAUCAGUGGCAAAGCUCACAGUCACAUGAAGAGGAGCAACCUUAGCCACCGUCAUCUCUGUCUGCAGAGCCAGGACGGAGCAGGAGGGGGCAUUGCUUCCCAGCCACCGUCCAUCGACAAGGGCUUCAGCAGGGCACAUUAUUGCAUUCCAGUCUUAGCAAUGGACGAGACCUGGCAUUAGCAUUGCAAGCUUGAUUUCCCACUGUGCUGCCCAUUUUUAGUGGUGCAAUUGUGUCCCUGCUCAGGUGUCCAGGUGCCAGUCGUUAAUCUGCCCCCAGCCAGGCAGCAAAGUUGGCCAUAACAAGUGCUGCUUGAGGGUGCACAGGGCUGAGGCUGUGUGCACAGAGCAGUAUGCAGACACCAGCGAAUAGGACUCAGCUAGAACAUUGGACCUGGUGCCGUUUCCAGGGCCAGGGCGUUUUCCCUCCCCGGUGCCUGCAGUUACAGUUCCUGGAGAGCUGCAGCCUGGCUUUCAGCAGCAGGUAGUGCAAUUCCACAGACAAACGUUCUGUGCACCCGGGGUGGGGGUUGUCUAAUAUGCAUGUUGGCCUGUUGGAGCCAUACCUGGGCCACAUGGAUCUGCAAAUGUCUCGUUUGUGUGCAAAGGCUGAAUUAAGCGUGUACAAAAUUAGGCCCUUUUUCUGUCCUUUUAAAUUAGCUGGGCCAGUUCCUCAGCUGGCGUAAAGCAGAGUAACUCCCUUGACUUGAAUGGAGCUGGCCACCCACCUACCCUGUGAGGGCUGGAUCCUGCAAAGUGCUGAGCACCCUGAGUCCCCGUCAGUCAGUGUGAGGGGCUGAAUGCCCUAAACCCUCAGAGUUAGGCUUUUUCAUGAGUUAAGCAAUGGUGGGGGGCGUCUGAUUUCUGUUUGUGUGAGCUGGGGCAAGCAACCUUGCUGUUCCUCAGAUUCCCCAUGAAUUGAACCAGGAUAACCAUCCUUCCCUACCUUAUAGGGAUGAAUUUAUUCCUGUUCCCAAAGGGCUCUGAGCUCCUUGGAUGGAAGGGAAAAGGGCUGAGCAACUACAAAUAUUUUUAAUAGAUUUCAGACCAACCUUACAUGUCAUUUUUCGGGCCAUCAUUUAACGAGACAAUGUUUAGGGGAACGGGAUCCGCACUUCGAAUGGGAUGAGCCCCAGGACCUGUUACAUCUCCUCCAUUACUAGGGGUGAAAUUCUGGUUCAAAUGAAGUUGAUGGCAAAACUCCCACUGAAUUCAGUGGGGCCAGGAGUUCCCCCUAUCAUUCUAAAGGGCCCCAAUUAGUCUUUGAGAAUGUUCACACCCCUAAUGUUAACCUGUGUUAGCAUCAGCUAGCAGUUCACAUUGUUGCCGUCUACCCAUUCAAUACAUACCUGAGAUUCCUACUGAUUCCUAACAAGUGCAAAACAGACCCUGAUAGCAGAUUUACGUGUUUUGCAGGCUUGAAACAUUCCCUAAAUAAAGAAUGAUCUAAUCAGAUCAAUAGUACACUUCCUGAAUGCUCCUUCAGGGUAUGUCUACACAGCAAAGAAAAACCCGCUGCUAGCCCGUGCCAGCUGACUCAGGCUUCAGGGUGGGAGCUCGGGCUGUGGGGCUGUUUCAUUGCUGUGUAGAAUUCCGGGCUUGGGGUGCAACCUGGGCUCUAGGACCCUGUGCGGGUCCCAGAAGUCUACACAGCAAUGAAACAGCCCCAUGGGUCCCAUGAGCCAGAGUUGGCUGGCACACCCACAGGUGUCUAAUUGCUGCGUAGAUAUACUCUAGGAGUGUCCCAGAGUAGGGAGGCCAACAAUCCAUGCAUUAAAAAGCCCCUAAAUACAUAUGUAUCCCAUGCACUGCAGCAUCCCAGAUCUUUGCAGUAAACAGGCAGGUGGUGUGUUUUAAGACCACCCUUAAUGUCCAUUGUCCACCAUUGAUGUGGGGGGAGGAUGAAGAUUCUGGGCCAAAACCUCAGCUAUUGUAAAUCAGUGUCACUCCACUGAAGUCGGAGCUAGACCAGCUGAGGAUCUGGCGAUGUUUAAGAGACAUUAAGGCUGUGAUAGGAAUCAGUCAGUGCAAAGGGAAAUCCAAGGAAAAGCUGAACCUUGAACACUCCACCGCCCCUUCCUUAACUGGCUUCUGUUUUCUAUGCAAAUUUGCCAGACGCUUUAACAAGCCAGACUCAGCAAAGUCACCGUUUCUGCAGGGUGAUUGUGUUGCAAAUUGUUCUUUGGUCUUUGUUCACCAUGUGUUGCCAUUACAAGAAGGUAGCUGAGGGCCCCCUUUUGAGGUUACUUACCCCCGUGAAUCCUGUAGGCAGAUGUUUUGCCAAAAUGCCAGCAAAUGCACAGUCCUGUUCCCUUCCUUUCCCUGAGUCCCCACCAAAACUGUUGGGUGGAAAACCGACUCAUUCUGCUGGACACACUGCCGAUUUUAGGGACCACAGAGCCACUUAAGGACAGGGGAGGGUGUUGUGCAGAGAGUUUCCACCUUACAGGCGGAAGGUGCCUGUUCCCACCCCUCUGGUUGUGUGUCAUUACCUUUCUUCCUGCAGAGAUGUCACCUUGGAUUGGGAUCUACUCGGAUCUCUUGAACUACGCACCUGUGAGCCCUCCAUUCCUUCGGUGGGAGAGCCACACCAAAUACCCGAGGUACGCUCAGAAGUUAGGCUGGUGAUUCAAGUAAGGGCGUUCUUCCCUUCCAGGUCAGCACGGAGCUAAUGCCCCAAUGAGCUGCCUGAGGUGCCUCUUGCUGGUGGGUUGCCAAGCAGAAGGUCCUGAUCCUUAACGACUCCAUUGAAGUCAGUAGGGCAGAUCUUUGGCUGAUGUGCAUCAGCAUAACUUCCUUGCCCCAGAGCCCCGGACUUACAUUAUCUGAAGAUUUGGCUCAAAUGAGUUACACUCGUCUAAGGGAGGAAGAAUGGGAUCCUUUAUUUCUUUAUGUGUUUUUUUUUUCCAUGAUUUUGCUUCUAUUGCUUUAAGACGUCACACCUGCGUUGCUUUGGCUCGUCUCCAGAGCAGCAGGUGUGUAAUGACUUCACAGCCGUACGGGAAAGGAUUAGAGAUUAAAACUGCGCACCUAGCUGUGCCCAGUUCUGCUUAGUCUCCACCAAUCUACUGACUGGCGAUCAACUGCAUCGCUGCAAACAGACAAGCAACCAAUAUCGUUGCUAGCAUAAAACUGUAGGAAAAUCACUAACGGUUUUCUGUUUGUGAAGUGCUUAUUAACGGAAAUAGGAACUGAAUCAUAUACUAUAUGCUGCUAAAUUAUACAGAGACAAAUGUACUUGGAUGUAAAUAAUGGCCUACUUCUGUAUAUAUGAUUAUUAAACAAAACAAAAAAAGAAAUUUCUGUGACUUCUAUGUGGGUGACUGUAAGAGCAGAAGUCAUUUUCAAGAGCUAAGUUCUGGACUACAGGCCUCAUCCUACAAGGUGCUCAGCAUCCUCAAACCCCCAUUGACUCCAAUAGGAAUGGAGGGUGUUCUCCAUCUCCCUGGAUUUGGCCCUUGCUCUCCUGUUUAUCUGCAUGUUCCUUCUACCCACUGAUAGUCCUGUGGGGAACCUGAGAUGUUGACGUCCUGUUGUUGCUUUGGUGCAUGCCUUCCACAAAGCCCACCUAGACAAGGCCAUUAAGCUCCCUCCAUUCUUCUUCAGAGACUUGGGUGCUCAGAAGAAAUGCCCUAAGAGGGACAGCCUUUGUAAGAUGCUCUGAGAUCUCCAUCUGAAAGGGGUUAGAAAAAUAUAAAGUGCUGCCUGAGAUAGACCUAUUUUGAAAGUGCUAUAGGAGAACAAAGAGAACAGCCUUUCCCCCCUGUCCCCUUGUGCCCCUCGCCUCAAAGGAGAGAACUUAUUAAAUGUCCCUCACAAAGAAUAAACUUCCUGGAGGUAGCGACGUCUCACCGAUUGAUGCGGGGCUCAAGGCCACGGUUUGGCACAAGGGGCAUGCUAGUGUGCUCUAUAGCAAUCAGGCUCAUGUGUGUGAACUACUGCCCACUGCUGGAUGGAAUUGGAACUGCAUUAUAGGACCUAUGCUGUUCGCACCCAGUGGCGAUAGGCCAUUAGCUCAAGUAGUGAGGAACCGAGCUGCUGGGGCAGGUUUCAGCAGCCAGGAUGUGCAGCACAGUGACAACAGUGAAGGCCUGGUUGGCCCCACAUUUGAUACAGUGCGAAGAAUUCUUCUGUUUUUACCCCUGUAGCCUAAGACACAAAAUCCACGCAUAUGACCACUUCUGCCCCACCAGGACAUUUGCCCCCAAGGCCCUUCUCCAAACACCAUGGAAGUUGCCCCAGCACAUUGCCUGGGACCACCGUGCAAGCACCCCUGAGAGAUGUCACACCUACGAGCCAUCACUCCAUUUUCCCUUCCCUUUGGAACUCCUAGCAACUGGCUUGGCAAGCCAGCUGGAGUCAGCCCCUGGCAGGGUGAGUCUCAGUGCCUGCUGUACAGGGGUCACAGAAAGGCCUGGAUCUUCCACUAUUAAGGAACUAUUGCCCUUCUUUUCUUAGGAACCACCUUCUGUUAGUAAUCAGCUGCCUUUGGCAGCUCCUUUGCCAUGAAAUUAUUAGCAGGAUCUGCCCUUGUCAUCCCCAUCUGUGUUUAGAGCUUGACCUAUGCUAGCUAUGGCCAAUUCAGGAUUGCCUCUCUGGGAGCUAUGCUUGUCACCUGUUUUCCAGCACAACUAUUGAUCCCCAUGAUUUCCCUGUCCAGUGUGCGCAGAUAUUUCUUGGAACAACUUGUGCUAGCCAAUAACAUGCUCCGAACUAGCUCCCAAGUAACGUAGUUCUCAUGCUCUGCCUAUAUUUGCCUAGCAUGCGCCAUUGUCACAUGGCUUGUCACUGCAUUAGCUGGGGGCUCAAACAGUGUUACAACUGCAGCCAGCUGGCUGCAACCGUGCUGGAAAACAGUUCCAAACCUAGCAGCAAGCCGCAGUGCAACACCUCAUACACACCACAGAGCAGCAAGUGCGGGAGGGAUCCCUUAGAACUUCAUUUGCCAGAUGUUACAUAUAUACACAGCCCCACACCCCCACAGGUUCCACAGAUCACUCUUGAUCUGAGUGGAAGAGGGAAACAAUGACAAUCAUGACUACUGCAGUGUGGGAACUAUUAGCAAAUGCCCGCUUGUUAAUGGAGACCUCUCUUAGCAAAUCAAAUGGAAUACAGGGCUCUGGAGCUAAGUUAGACACAGGGUGGCCUAUUGGAGACAUUGGGGAUAUGGCUCAAAUUGGUAGGUGAGUGUGUUCGUUUAGAUCAUAAAUCCUUGAAUAUAUAAUAAAAUCUGUAGCUUGGCCCAGUGUCAGGCAAGGCACCUGAAGAGCAAGGAUCAUACUUUUCUGGAUUUGAAUGGUUAUUUUCUCAGAAGAAAUCAAUCUUGGCUUUCCCUUACAAAGAUAUUUAAUUGUCGAGCAAGAUUUAACUGUAGCUGUUUCCUGCUCCAAAUGCUGUCAGGCAGAGCCAUCCAUUCUGAUGGGGCCUUUCUUUAGAUGCUCCUAAUGUCAGACAGUGUGUAUAAGAAGCCCACAUCUUUCUUCCGUUGGAGUCAGGACUAUGACAUUUGGAUGAGGGAUGGGCCCAAGCUACACAGUUUGACUCGAGAUUGGAGUUUCCCCGGAGUUUGUGUAAUACAUUGGCCCAAGCCCUGGUUCAGACUCCCUUCUUAGUAAGUGGGAGUCUUUCCAUUGCCUUCCCUGGGCUGUGAAUCAGAUUUCUGUGAAUCAGAAUCCCCUAGUAUGCACGAUCAUGUCUCGCUCUAGGGGCUGGCCCCUGCAACUAUAUCAGCUUUCUGCUUCUUGACAGGAGUCCUUUAACUCAGGCGGUAGGGCUUGUGUUUAGAGCAUUGAAGGUACCAGUUUGAUCCCCACUGGCAACCAUUGUGUCCAUACUUUUACAGCCAUAGUUUGCCAUAUUCAGAUCCAAACAGAGACCGGGGCAGCUCUGAAUUUUGGACUGGGAUCCAAACUUGGUCAGAAUCCAAGUAUGGGCAGGUUGGAUCCAGAGUAUCAUUUUGGGCCCACUCUUAGGAAGACACUGUAUUUCUCUAGUCUGUCGGCCUGGCACCUUGGUUCCUUUUGGAUGACUGGAGGAACAAAAUCACAUGGGCAAAUCUACCCCACUGAUGCAAAAUGCCACACCCUAGUAGUGUGCUGAGCAAACCAAAUGCCUAUGCAGUUUCUUACCAUGUGAUGACAGAGUCAGGUUCUGAGUUGGAACCUCUGAAGGGUGUUUUCAUUUGCACUUCCUCAGAUCUUCUCUAAGUCUGACAUUUGUUCUUCUAAAAGCUGUGAACUGGGAGCACCCAAGCAUGUGGGACCCUGACAGGUGACCUGCCAGGAGUGUGUCCAACCUGCCUUUACAUUUACAUUGGAUUUUUUAAAUCAAAACUAAAUUCUCCUGUCUUAUUUGCUUGUCUCUGUCUUGUGUCUGUUCCUUUACAGGAACAAAAAGAAAAGGAGUACUUGUGGCACCUUAGAGACUAAUUUGAAGUUGACAGAUUUCCUUUUCUUUUUGUGAAUACAGACUAACACGGCUGCUACUCUGAAACCUUUACAGGAACAGUGAGCCAGAUCCUCAGCUGCUGGCAGUCCACAUUGCUCUGUUGACUUCGGUGGAGAGAUGCCAAUUUAGGCCAGCUGAGGAUCUGGCCUAACAUGUUGUCUGGGAUCACCAGCAAUAAAAACCCGACAGCUGAACAGGUUGGAGCCUGACCCUGCCAGUGGUAGGGGUUGGGUUAGCCGCAGACGGCUUCUUUGGAAUCCACAUAGACUUGCAGGCAGCACUUGGGACGGCCCUACUGUAAAUGUAAGUCCUUAU